AUGGGAGAGGACCGGGGGGCGGUCGUGGCCGUGGCGGCGGGGUCGGAGUCGAGGAAGAGAGGGAGGGCAGAUGGGGAGUCCGGGGAUCUCGAGAGGGUGGCUGAGAUCGUGAUGGUUUUGUCGGCGAUGGGGCAGAUAAGGGGUGGACGGGACCCCACGGCCGCGGAGAAGGCGCUGAUGUGGGAGGCUAGAGAGAAGCUCGCCAAGUUCUGCGAGUCGGUGGAACUCCCUCGCCGGAAGGAUCUUUUCACUAAGGAGAUGGCAAUGGCGGUCGUCGUAGAUCAUGGCCUCAAUCCGCCGAAGGAAAAUGUGCCCCGACCCCCGAAGUUAUCGAUUGCGGAGAAGGUUGCGAACACUAAAAAGAAGGUCCGAACUAAGAGUUUUGUUCUCUAUUUUUUCUAUCUUUAUUUCCAAUUUUGAUUCCUCCUCAGUACCGGGAAACUCGAAUAUCUUGUCAAUUUUCAUUGGAGGAAACAUGUUGCAUUCCUUUGCGACAUAUUGUGUCAGUUGCUCACUUUUGCUCCAUGAAAUCAUGCAGUUGUGUUGCUUGUGGGCGAUAAUGUUGAGGUUCGAAAAAUGAUAAUGACAUCAUGCAUUACCUUAAAAAAAUGCUUUUACAGAUUGUUAUUCAUCUUUUUUUAUUAUCCUUGGACGUUAGUUUUUAGAUUCUAUGUAGGUGUGUAUGAGAAGAAAGAUCCAUUUUUAAUGAGGUCUAUUGAUUACACGAUCAAGUGAUUGAGUUCAUUGUUAAAGGGACCAGUAUCUUUCUGUCUUUCACUUUUGUGGUUGCUGAUGUUAUGUCAUGUUUCGCUCUUGUCCUCCCUUUCUUAGAUGGAAGAAGCAAAGGAAAUUGCGGUACAGUCUUCAGGGCAACCAUCUCAGCUUCUGUCAGUGAGCUUCGGAGUAAAACCAGAGAGCCGAGGUUCAUUGUUUCCAGGAGCUCAGAGGGUUUUUCCGGAUAAACCAAGUCCUAUGCCACAUGGAGGCUUGCAAAAUGCUUCACCCGGGGCUCCUGUUGCUGGAUUAGCAUCCGUACCCUCCUCACUGAAGCAGUCGCAACAAAAUGAAAUACGACGAGGGCUGUCCCCCAUGAAACCAUCGAGUACUCCUGCAGGAAACGAUCUCUCUUAUUUUACAUUGGUGCAUGUGAUAUACUCGCAUUUUUGAUAGGACGAAUGGAGCAAUGUUCUUUCCGUUUUGUUCUGAGUGCUAUUAUUGUAUAGUCAUUGUUUUCUUGAAAAUAUUUUAAGAAAGUAAGAUAGUCGUUUCAGUUUGAAACGGGACAUUGGGGAAUGUUGCAUGAUUGGUGUCCUUCCCUCUGAAGAUGAUGUAUUUUCCCGGAGAACGAAUUCUUAGCGUUUGGAAACACCUAAUAAAUAUCGGGAUGCAAGUCGGUAAUAAGUUGUAGCUUGCACAGUUCGUUGGAAGAUAGUGAAUGGUUAGAGUAAUCAUAUGGUUCCUAUAGGAACGAUUGUACACCAUUGUAUCCCGUGCUUCAUUCAGAGACACGUUACUUUUAUUAAAAAACACGUUGUUUACUUAUAGAUUUUUACUAUCAUAGGCUCUCCCACGAGUUCAAACGUUGGUUGAUAAAACGCUUUUCUUGCAGCAUCUUCACCUGAUUUGGAUUCAUGUUCCUUGUGUAUUAUGUCAUAAAAAAAUUUGGCCGUUUUUCUGCGUUUACAGUGUCUCGGCUACCUGAAAAGACAUUAACAUCUUCAGCACAAGGAACCCCUGCAUCAGCAGCCUUUUCUGUCCAGACAAACAAGUCUCUGAACACAGUGGCUAAGGUUGAAGGUGCUUAUGGAUCCAAUGGUUUUCAAACUACUGCUCAUAUAACCAAAGAACAGGAUUCCAAGAUCCUGAUAGCUCAUGCUCCAGGGAAUCAGCUUGUUGGCCACCAGUUUUCUCAGGGAGCAAAUUUGCAUGAUCCAUCAUUGUUUAACAGCCAUAGUGAUAUUUCCAAAAUGGUUUCAAGAAUCUUGCCGCCAAGAGCUUUUGAUCAGCCUCAGUGGACUCCUCCGUCAACUGAUUAUGUGAACAGACCUUUAAAUUGUCAAAUUUGCAAAGUCAUUAUCAGUGAUGUGGAGAGCUUGCUUGUGUGUGAUGCCUGUGAAAAAGGUGUGCACAUGAGAUGCCUGUUGUCGUUCAAUCAGAGAAUUAUUCCGAAAGCUGAGUGGCACUGUCCACAGUGCUUGAUUUCAAGCAAUGGGAAACCCUUGCCCCCCAAAUAUGGUCGGGUUACUAGAAGUGUUACAACAUCAAGGUCUUCGUCGAGUGCUGGUGGUGUUCAGGCGUCUGAGAAGAAAGGAAAUGUGGAUUCAAAGGUUAAUAGUCAACAGAACUCAAAUGGAAAUCCUAUGAUGCCCAACCCAUCACAGGCUUCUACUGUAGGCAAUAGUCACAUUGAAUUAGUUACUGAGAAAAAGGUGACAAAUCCAAGUGAUACACAUGAACUGGAAUUUCCAAUUACCGACAGAAGGGCCGAUGAGGAGACACAGGAAACAAGUACAGCAGGUGAUUCAGAUAUGAGGGCUGAUCCAAGCAGUAUAUCUCCUGAAGUGCCUGAUAGUAAACAGCAGCAUCUGAGUACUGGACUGUUACCAUGCCAAAUGCAGCAACCGACUUCUGAGCAUAACUUACCAACAAAGGUUGACUCAAACCAUGAUGAUCUUUUGCAAGAUUUGGAAGCUAACAUGGAUAUAGAUCCUUCAUCUCAAGCGUCAAAUAAUCCACAUAUUGUCAACAUCAUAGAGGUGCCAGUAAAUUGUGACAGAUCCAUAAAGCAUACAGGUGAUGAGUUAAAAGAUUCCUCUGAGCCCGUGGAAAUUCCGGUUCAUGGGGAACAUUCUGAUGCUAGAAAUGAAAACGUGGCCAUUUCUGAGGACACUACUGGUGAAUCCAUGGGUAAAAAUCCUUCAAGUCAUGUGUCAAAUGUUCUACAAACUACCAACUGCAUAGACGCGCCAGUAAAUUCUGACAUAUCCCGCAAACAUACAGAUGAUGGGUUGAAAGGUUCAUCUGAGCUUCUGAAAUUGUCUGUUCUUGAAGGGCAUUAUGUUAAAGGUGAAAAGAUGGUAAUUUCUGAGGAAAAUACCGGAGAAAACUUUGAACGAGAUUUCAGUGAGCCUUCUUCCAAUGGUACCCAGAUUGCAGAAUGGGUUGGUGACAGUGUGCAGGCUAUUGAAGAGAGGUCCUACUACCACUCUUGUUCCGUCAAUGGUGUGAUAUAUAAACUGCAAGACCAUGUUCUUGUUUCUUCCAAUGAUGGCAAACUUUUACCGUCUAAACUCCAGGUAUGCAUCUAUUACGGGUUUACUAAUUUUAUUUUAUAUUGAAAGAAUCGUAUCCCAUCUGAGCUUCAACUUUUCAAACUGCCAUAUUUGUUUUUUUUUUUUUUUUUUGACAGACUAGUGUACUUUGUUUAUGGGUAACUUUGGUUUCUUACAUUUCAGGCUCUUUGGGAGGACACUAGAUCAGGGGCCAAGUGGGCUACAGUCCAUUGCUGUUACUACCCUAAUAACCUUCCUGAAAACGUUCAGAAGCCAGCUAUUCCUGAAAACGACGAGGUUAUUUCUGGUUCAUUUCUGUUGCUAUAUGUUAUGUCCUAUAUUUAAAUAGCUGCACUCUUAACUGACCCAUGAACCGCCAUUAUCCAUAUGAGGAAUUUGGGCAUAUCUCCUUGCUAGCAUUCAUCUUGAUUGCCAUCUACUCUCCCUGAUUCUUUAGGUUUACUAUCCUUCAUCAAUUGGGGUUCUGUGGAAGCUAAGACGAAAUCAGUGUUCCCAAUCCCGUUGAUUCCUUUUCAGAUCGGUUUCAUAAUUGACUGCUGUUGGAGAAAAAAAAAGAUUCAAUUCACGACCAUUUAUAAAAUAUAGUUUUAUGAUCUUAGCCCAUAUGGUUUCCUCACUGACAUUCAAAGCUCUUGUGCCAGAAAGUGCUUGAUUGAGGUCUUUGUACUAUCCUCGUUCAUCUCUGAUCUGGAAUCACUCCUCUGAAGACUGUUUUACCUCUUAUUGACGUCUCUAGAUUCGGUUCUAUUCCAUGAUUAACUAAGAUUUCGGCCAACUUUUGUACAAUAUACAACUUUGGCAGGGGAAACUAUAACUUUCACGAGAAUCUAAUCUCCCAUAAUUUCUGCUGCUUCAUUCUGAGGUUGUAGUGUCUUGCAUUCUCUAGAGGGCUAUGCUAACACUCCUCAUGAAAAUUAGACCCUCUCUACCAACUAUAUACGUAUAAAUGUAUAUAUUUAUGGAUUAAUAUAACUCACAAUGAUCUUCGUCUUCAUCAAGCCUUAAUUUCUAUUGUGUUCUUCUAGCAUCUUCCUGGAGAAAGAGUGUGCAGAAAGCAUGCAGGCUUUCGAUCAUAUUUAUAUUUAUAUAUAUAUUUAUAUAUGCUUCUGACCUAGAAAAUCAUUUAUGGUGUGGUUCUUUUGCAGUUCUACCUUGGGAUCAUUAAAAAAACUAUUAUUUAUUUAUUUUUUGGUCGGUGUAUUUAUGCAUAUUCGUUUUAUUUUGUUAUUAAUUUUGUGGUAGUAAUGGGAAGGAUACAAUUCUAAGUAUUCGGCACACUUUCGUGUUGCAGGUAUACGACACCAAUGUUGCCAAAGCCAUCUUGGUGGAGUCGAUCAGCGGGCCAUGCCAUGUCAGACCGUUGGGCAAGACGAGAACGGAGAGUGACCCGAGUGUGGGUUCGGAUCCAGUUUUCCUCUGCAGGUACAUGUUUAUGGAUAAGAAUAAUUAAUUAAUUAAUUAAUUAAUUAAUUAUUAUUGUUUUCCUGCUGGGGUUUCCCGUUGCUCAAGGCAUGUUAUGUUGUCCACGAAUUCAUCUUGCGCAGGUGGUUUUAUGAUGCAUCAGAAGGGCUCUUCCGAUCUCUUCUUCAGUAG